AUCGAUAGAAUUUACAUUCAACAUGGAUUCCCUUUUCUCCUGACCCAAAUCAAAUUACAGAGCUUAAAGAGAUCACGUCUCUCAGAUCUGGAUUCUUUGUUGUCUGGAAAUUCCCCAUGAAAUCUCCUAUUUCAUCUCAAUUUUCAAUAAAAUUCUUCAUUCAUUUGAUCUGAAUUACGCUUUUCGAUCGGCAACCAGACAAUCUCGGUUUGCAUUUUGUUUUUCACGAAUUUUUCAACGGCAAUGUUGAGGAUACAUUAUUUGAUGGAUGUGUUGGGAUAAACCAGGUGCAACAAGCAAUGUCAGGGGAAGCAUCAUCAAGCCAGAUUGGUGAAAGGGAGGAGCGAAAAAUUUGCGCAAACGGGGGUUGCGUACAAACAGAAACUAUUGAAGCAAAGCUCGAUGCGGGUAAUUUCGACCAAGCGGAAUCUGCUUUGCGUGAAGGUUUAUCACUUAAUUCUGAGGAAGCAAGAGCUCUUCUUGGAAGAUUGGAAUAUCAAAGAGGAAAUGUGGAAGCUGCCCUUCGAGUAUUUGAAGGUAUUGAUCUUCAAGCUGCUAUACAGCGGCUGCAAUCGUGUUCGACAGAAAAAAUAUCUAAAAAAGGACGUGCUGGCCCACAACAGGGUGCCAAUCUGGUGCUUGAAGCCAUAUAUUUGAAGACCAAGUCACUUCAAAAACUUAACAAGAUAACCGAUGCUGCUGAAGAGUGUAAGAAAGUGCUUGAUGGAGUAGAGAAGAUAUUCCCACAAGGGAUUCCAGAUGUUUUUGUAGAAACUAAAUUACAAGAGACAAUUAGCCGAGCUGUUGAGCUCCUUCCAGAAUUAUGGAAACAAGCAGGUUGCUACCCUGAAGCAAUUUCUUCUUAUCGACGUACCCUCCUCAGUCAAUGGAAUCUUGACAAUGAAUGUUGUGCUCGAAUUCAGAAUAAGUUUGCAGUAUUUUUGCUGUAUAGUGGUGUUGAGGCAGGAACUCCCAGUACAGCUACACAUGUUGAUGGUACUUAUGUGCCAAAAAACAAUUUGGAAGAAGCAAUUCUACUUCUAAUGAUUUGCAUGCGAAAAUUCUCGCUUGGGAAGGCUAAGUGGGACCCGACAGUUAUAGAGCACCUCACAUUUGCUCUAUCUCUUUGCAGCCAAACUCCAGUUUUAGCAAAGCAAUUUGAAGAGGUCACACCUGGAGUAAUCCAUCGUGUGGACCUUUGGAAAACAUUGGCUCUUUGCUUUAGUGGGGCAGGAGAGAGAAAACUCGCUUUCGAUUUGUUGAAAAAAGCGCUUCACCCACAUGAAAGGCCAGAUGAUAUAACGUCGUUGCUAUUGGUUUCUAAAAUAUGCAGCGAAGAAGGCCUUCUUGCUGCGCAGGGAAUUGAGUACGCGCAAAGGGCGGUAAAUAAUUGUAAAAAAAGAAACAAACAUUUAGAAGGUGUAUGCCUUCGAGUAUUAGGCCUCUGUUUGGGUAAACAGGCGAGUGUUUCUGCCUCAGACCACGAAAGAUCACGACUUCAAUCAGAAGCAUUGAAAUCGUUAGAUGAAGCGGUUGGAUUGGAGCCUGAAAACUUGGAUCUAAUUUUUGAGCUUGCAAUACAGUAUGCAAUGCAGAGGAACUUGAAUAACGCUUUACGAUUAGCAAAGAAGUAUAUUGAUGCAACUGGUGGGUCCAUGUUACGUGGUUGGAGACUGCUCGCUUUGAUUUUAUCUGCGCAACAACGGUUUCAAGAAGCUGAGGUGGUCACUGAUGCUGCUUUAGAUGAAACAGCAAAGUGGGAUCAAGGACCUCUUUUGAGGAUGAAAGCAAAACUGAGAAUCUCGCAGUCACGACAUUUGGAUGCAAUUGAAACUUAUCGCCACCUACUUGCAUUGAUUCAAGCCCAAAAGAAAUCUCAUGGGCCACUUCAAAGUACACACCAGAUUGAAGAUGACAGAGUAAACGAGUAUGAAGUUUGGCAGGGUCUGGCGAAUCUAUAUUCUAGCCUUUCACGUUGGAAAGAUGCAGAGAUAUGCUUGGGGAAAGCUAGAGCCAUCAUAGAAUGCUCAUCGGAGACACUACAUACUGAGGGCACGAUUUACCAAAGACGUGGUGAAAUUGACGACGCUUUGGCUGCCUACGUUAAUGCUCUACUAGUCGAGCCAAAUUACGUACCUUCAAAGAUCAGUAUCGGGUCUAUUAUGUCAUCACGAGGCUUACCCAUGUUGCCGGUCGCUAGAACCUUGCUCUCAGACGCACUACGGCUAGAACCCACCAACCGUAUGGCAUGGCUUCACUUGGGAUUUGUUCAUAAACUCGAUGGCCGUUUGUCUGAUGCCAUAGACAGUUUUCAGGCAGCCUCAAUGCUCGAAGAAUCAGAUCCUAUCGAGAGCUUCAGCUCGAUUCUUUGAAUACCAUAUUUCCGUUCUAAUUAAAAGGUUUAAUCGUUCAUUCUUUUAUUCUUUUCGAUUUUGCAGCGUUGGUGACGUUUAUUUAUUGAUUGUAUUAUGCUGUGUGGGACGUAGAUUAUGUGUUGUGUGGUCAUGAGAGAACUCGAACUUAAGUUUCGAAGAUAGAAAGAAGACC